AUGGGCGGGUUUUUCAGUACCCCAAAUGAUCUCUCGGCGAUCGGGCGUGCGAUUCUCUCCUCGACACUUCUGCCAAGCUCAACAACACGCGCGUGGCUAAAACCAACAUCCUUCACAUCAUCGCUUAUUGGUGCUGUCGGACACGCCUGGGAGAUAUAUCGCGCCGUGAUCGAUGUCAAGAACAACCGUGUAAUCGAUCUCUACACGAAAGCCGGGAGUCUCCCUGGGUAUGGGUCUAUUCUGAUCUUAAUACCAGACUUCGAUGUCGGCAUUACCAUAAUGAUGGCAGGUGAACGAGGGAAUGGCGGAACCACCAUCGCAGGUGUGAUCACCGACAACCUCCUCCCAGCAUUGGAAGAAGCACCCAGGGUACAAGCGGACGUCUCGUACGCAGGAACAUAUACCGGAAGCAACGGCCUAAACUCAACGGUCAAGUUGACGACAGCGCCAGGAGUUCCAGGACUCAGCAUCGAGGAAUGGGUCAGCAAUGGCACGGAUUUACGUCACUCCGUGUACGAAACCGUGGAGUUACUCCAGAUGUUCCCAACCAACAUUGUAAGCGACGAUGACAAAGAGAUUUCGUGGCGAUUGACAACUGGCUCUGCUCCAAACACGGGUUCGCCGUUUGAUGCAUGCCCUUCCUGGCUUGGUAUCGAUCGGCCCACCUACGGUGUUUAUAGUCUGGAUCGUUUCGUCCUCCACGUUGGCGAGGAUGGUAAAGCAUGGGGUCUUGAGCCCAAGGUGCUCAAGACCGUUCUCGAAAGAGUCUAG